UUAGCUUCUCUAGCUUAUAUUUCAUAACACAUUGUGUAUAUAUAGUGUUUCUUUACUGUUGGGUCGGUUAUAUAUCCAAUCUCGUUAGUGUGUCUAGUUGUGUGUUAGUACUACGUCACGAUGUUUGAAUGUCGUUUGGAUGGUAUGUUUUUACGUCGUCUCUUUGAGGCUUUACGUGAGAUAUGCAACGAUGUCAGCAUUGACUGUUCCGAGGAUGGUCUAUCCAUGCAAGCUAUGGACAACAGUCACAUAUCGUUGAUUCACCUUUGUCUAGCUCCAGAUUUCUUCCAGCUUUAUCGUUGCGAUACCCCCUGUACUUUGGGUUUGAAUAUAUCUUUUAUGUUGAAGAUAUUGGCUGUUGUUCGUGAGAAGAGUGUGAUAUACCUUGCUCGUGGUGACGACAGUGAGGACCCUGUUUUAUUUGUUCGUAUCAUUGAGGCUGGCGGUUACGAUGAGGCUGAGAGCGAUGCUUUGGAGGCUCAGGUGAAGAUGAUUGACGUUGAGCGUGAGCAUUUGGACAUUCCCGACUGUGAGUACACGUGUAAAUGUGUAAUGAACUCUCGUCGUUUCCAGGAAUUUGCCAAGUAUUUACAUUCCAUUGGUGACACUGUCGUUAUAUCCAUGAACAAGGACGUGAUUAAGCUUGAGGCUGAGGGUGACGGCAUUAAGGCAUCCAAGACAUUCCACGACGGUGUUGGUGACGUUCGUGUAAUGUCCACUGAGCCUUUAUCGCAGAUGUUUGCUACACGUUAUUUGGUAUUAUUUUCCAAGGCCACUGCCUUGGCUCAGGAUGUAUCCAUUAAUCUAUCUGCUGGGAUCCCAUUGAGUGUGAAAUUCAACUUUGCUGAUUCUUUGGCUAUGAAUGACGGUGACUCUUUUAUCAACUUUUAUUUAGCUCCUAACAUUGAGGAUUGACGAUAUUGCUUUUAAUAUGGGCUGUAGUUUCUCUGGAAACUGGUAUGCCCAUUUUUUAUUGGAUAUAUGGAUUGAACCCUUUUGUGACUAGAGCGAUAUUGUUGCUUACA